GCUCCCGACCAGAGGCUCGGCCUCUAAUGCCUGGAAAUAAGUCUGCCAGUGUUGUGUUGUGUCGUGUAUUUCCUGUAUUUCUGUGAAUCCUGGAGAAUCAAGUCAUGGAGUAUGACUUGUUUGUCGCGGAGCCCGCUUAUGACGACCUGAAUCUUGUGGUUUAUGGACCAAGGCAGAUGCAGAGAAAGUAUUAUCAAUUCGGCAGGCGUUCCGAGGCGGAAAGACCCAAGAGUGCGCAGGAUGACCGCGAGAAAUCGCCGUUGUCCUCUUCCGGAUACUACUCGGACAGCGAUUCGACGCCCAUGAAUCUGGCUCGUCGUCGGCGCCGCAUGAAGAGGCGCUCGUACUCACCAGGACCAUUCUUCGGCGAUCCGGACUUCGGUGGCUUAAGCCCCAUCGGCAGUUUGAGCGUGCUGAAGAGUUACUCCUCGUCCAGGGCGUCCAGCAUCCAUAUGGUGGAAUGCGACGAUGAGGACCCUCAUGGGCUUCCCAAUGACGUGUUCUAUCCUGAUCCGCCACAACUGGAGAUCCUGAACGAACGCAUCACGUGGAAGAAUCUCCUCGGGUACUUCGCGUUGAGCAAAUUGGUGGCAAAGUUCGAGUGUAUGCGAAAGGGACUCAGCAAGUGGUUCUUCAACAUGUCCCGGAUGGACUUUCGUGUCCAGAUGGGAAUUCGGGUGCCAAGGGAGCAUGCCUUGCUGGAUCAAGUGCGAGAACUCUGAGCAGCUUCCAGAGCGCGCAAACUGUCCUGAAGGACUUUUUCUACCCAAAAUUCAUCAAACAGUGAUUAGCGGUUGAGCGAUUUUCCCGCCAAGAGAUUCAACAUUGCGGUGAAAAUAGGUGGAAAACUUCCAUUUGGGACUUAAUAAAAAAAAACCCGAAUAAAAA